AUGUCGAGUGAACCUGCCCCGGCCCGCGCCUCUUCGGACGCCGCAGGAGAUGAGGCCCUCGCCAAGACAGUGAAGCUGCACCGCCUGCAGCAGACCGAGGAGGAGUAUGUGGGCUACUGCGCCUUGCUGUGCCGCACCGGUCGGGUGCUCUCCGGCAAGUUGCGGGCGAUGGUCUGGCGGGACGUCAUCAUUGGCCGAAAGAAGGCCACGCCGGUGCCGCUGCUGGGCGACGGCAUCAUUCGACAGUUUCAGGAGACGCGCUCGCAGUCCACCGCCAGCGCCGCGACCCACACGAGAGAGAACACCAACAUGGAAGACUCCUUUGACUCGACGCUGAGCCGUCCAACUCCGCGCACGGCGGACGAGAGCGGCGGCGCUGGCGGCAGAAGCGCAGGCGGCGAGCCGACCAAGUCCAAAGACGAGUUGGUGCGCUCGCACGAAGGCGGAGACGCCACCACGAGUGCCGCGCUGCAGCCGGCGUGCAGCGAAGGCGGCGACUCCGACUGGGAUGUCACACUGCGGCCCCAACAGAGCGGCGCAGGGACCUCGCCGGCAGCCUCGCCCGCCUCGCCUGCCUCCCUCCACCACCUCCACCGCCACCGCCACCCUUCCCUCGAGCCGGCGCAGCCGCCACACGCCGGGCUGCUGGACGACGUCACGGAGGACGAGCGACGCGGCUCGCCCAAGAUGCACACACCCGCGCGCCGUCGCGCCGUGUCGCAGCUCUCGCGUCGCGUGAAGUUCGACGUGAAUCAGCGCAGAGAUCUCUGGGGAGACGGGGAGGAAGACAGGAGCGGCUCCUCGAGCAACGAGCUGCCCGGCAACGUUCUGCGGCCCAUGGCCUGGUACCACCUGCCCGAGAACUGCCAGCCACGCGUCGUGGAGGCGGACAUCGAGCGCUCCCUGUGGAGGCUGCAUACUAACCCCGAAGAGCGUGCGGAGCGGCGGCGGUGUCUGCGAAACAUUCUUCUGCGCGUUCUCCUGCACAACCCUGACCGUUUCUACUACCAAGGGCUGCACGAGCUGGUGGGCUUCGUCAUGUACACGCUGAGCCCCUACCUGGACGCGGAGGAGGUGGUGUCGGUGUGCGAGGUCCUGUUCAACACGCGAUGGCAGAAGUUCAGUGCGCGUCGGCUCACCAACUCCGAGGCAAUGCUGUACGCCAUUCACGCCGUUGUGGCUCAGGAGGACCCGCCGCUGGCGGCCGCGCUGGAGUGGGCGGGUGUGGGCCCGGAGUCACACUACGCCGUGUCGUGGGUGAUUACGUGGUACGUGCACAGCGUGGAGAGCGUGACGGUCUUGACGCGACUCUUCGACUACUUCAUCGCAGACCCCACCGGAAGGGCAGUGAUCUACUUCACCGCCGCCUUCGUCAUGAGUCAGCGCAGGACCAUCUUUGAGUGGAUUCACGCAGCGAAGGAGGAAUUCGGGGUCCCCGCCGAUGCACCGGAGACGACGGAGGAUGGCAUUGUGCUGAUGGCCCGCGUGUAUGCCCAGCUCUCCCGUCUGCCUGGCAGCGUGCUGCAGUCGAUGGACACGGCGGCCCUCGAGGACCUGAUCGGCCAAGCUGAGCAGUUCAGCAAGUUGUACUGUCAGAUGGUGCCGGAGCAGGAGGAGGAUUUUCUGCGCGGCGACGUCAAGAAACUCGGCAUGCUGUCGAACGCCGCGACGCGUAAUGCGGCGCUGCGGCUGCUGUGGCACUUCCUGCCGCGUGAGUGGCGCAACCCGGCCAAGGUAGAGCGCGUGCGGCGCUUUGUGUUUUGGACGAGCGUGAUGGUGGCCGCCACCGCGAUUGUGGUCGGGACCGCCGCCGUGGACGUGAAGCAAGGAGGCUGGGUCCGUAGCCUGUUUCACUGA